AUUGGUGGCCCAUCUAUAGAGGGGCUCUAGUCACCUGGAAACCGUCGGGGUAGGAAACGUGGGAUGGAGUAGUCUGAGAGGCGCAGAGGAGCUUGCUGCACAACUACCUACUGAUAGAUUUAUUCUCCACUGCUUCUCAAAGUCGGGUUGUGGCCUUAGAACUCAGGAUGGCUUAGGGAGCUCCUUGUUUCUGUCCUAGCCACCAUGUACGGAAGCUGCCUUUUGGAGAAAGAAGCAGGCAUGUACCCGGGCACUCUCAGGAGCCCUGGAGAGAGCAGCACAGCUGGAGCGGGAGGCACUGGGGGCGGUGGGAGUCCGCUGCCAGCCUCCAACUUCGCUGCAGCCCCGGCUUACGCUCACUACAUGGGGUAUCCCCAUAUGCCCAGCAUGGCUCCUCACGGGCCAUCCCUGGGAGCCUGGGGCUCACCCUACAGUCCCCCCCGAGAGGACUGGAGCGCGUACCCUGGGCCGUCCAGUACAAUGGGCACAGUGUCCAUGAACGACAUAACCUCGAGCCCCGCCGCUUUCGACUUGCCCAGCUACAGCAACCUGGGUCCCGUGGGCGGGGGAAGCAGCGGCGGCUGCCUGCCAGGCCCGGCUGGCCGGUCGCUAGUCCCCAUCGACGCCGGCACCGCAGACGCCAGUUCCCCCAGCAGGAGCCGCCACAGCCCCUAUGCAUGGAUGCGCAAGACCCUGCAGGUGACCGGAAAAACUAGGACAAAAGAAAAGUAUCGUGUAGUUUACACAGAUCAUCAAAGGUUGGAGCUGGAAAAGGAAUUCCACUGCAAUAGAUACAUCACGAUCCGAAGAAAAUCAGAGCUGGCAGUUAACCUGGGCCUUUCUGAGAGACAGGUGAAAAUCUGGUUUCAGAAUCGAAGAGCCAAGGAGAGAAAAAUGAUCAAAAAGAAAAUCUCCCAGUUUGAGAAUAGUGGAGGCUCAGUGCAAAGUGACUCUGGCUCCAUCAGCUCUGGGGAACUGCCUAACACAUUUUUCACCACCCCAUCUGUGGUCCGUGAAUUUCAACCUAUUGAGAUACAGCAGGUCAUAGUCUCUGAAUGAAAGAAAAGCAAAGAGAAAUGGAAAGUGCCCUUUCUUUAGUGGUGUCUUUUCCAGUGUCUUUUUCAUCUUUAAGAUAUCAUCAGGGGAGUUUGAGCAGGGUGUAAUUCCUUGUAAGGCAGUAUUUGCAACAGGUGGGUGUGCAACAGGUUGAAGAUAAUUUAGGGGACUCUUACUUUCAGAAACUAUCCCAAGAAAACUCCUGUCAUGUGCUAUGCUAUAUGUCAGUCACUCAGGAAGCUGAGUGGCAAGCUAUAUAUUUAAAAGCUAGAAUCACAAGCCUUUGCAACUCUGUUUACAAUUUCAGAAAUUUGCUUGUGAACAGACUGUAAAAGAGAGUUCUGCUAGGAGGCACUCUGUAUGUGUAUUUGUGUUUGUUAUUUGAUACUGGGUAUGUUCUCUUAUGCUGUCUUUAGGGGAGUGCGAAGAAGGUGCCAGAAGACUAUCUCCAGCUACCUUUUCAAGUGUUCUAUUCAAAAGCUAAAAAAGUUUUCAUAACAAGAUAAAUUUGUAAAAAUCAACACAGGGUGAUUCUGAAUCCAUUGUCACUGGUUAAUAAAAACAACAAAUAAAAAAGACCAUUUUGUCCCUCAA